AACUAGUAACUAACCAAUGACGUCACUUCCCAGUUAAACGUGGCUGCCUUGCAAGUGAAGGAAGGAGUGGCUUUUCGAUCUGUCAAGUUAAAUGAUUUCUCGUGACAAUUAAUGACUCGUUGCAUCAAUUAAGUUAUUCUUGUGUGUUUAGCACUUUUAAUUCAUUGCGUAAUAGUUCUAUAAUAUAAAAAAUGUCGUCUUCGGGUGAUUUUGGAAACCCGUUGCGUAAAUUUAAGCUUGUCUUUCUCGGUGAACAGAGCGUUGGAAAAACUUCUCUUAUCACACGGUUUAUGUAUGACAGCUUUGACAACACGUAUCAGGCUACAAUAGGUAUAGAUUUUUUAAGCAAAACUAUGUAUCUGGAGGAUAGAACUGUAAGAUUACAAUUAUGGGAUACUGCAGGCCAAGAACGGUUUAGAUCUUUGAUACCUAGUUAUAUCAGAGAUUCUACUGUUGCAGUUGUAGUAUAUGAUAUUACUAAUGCGAAUUCAUUUCAUCAAACAUCAAAAUGGAUUGAUGAUGUACGGACUGAAAGAGGAAGUGAUGUAAUUAUUAUGUUAGUGGGUAAUAAAACAGAUUUGGGUGAUAAAAGACAAGUAUCAAUGGAAGAAGGUGAACGAAAAGCUAAAGAAUUAAAUGUAAUGUUUAUUGAAACUAGUGCUAAAGCUGGAUAUAAUGUGAAACAACUUUUUAGAAGAGUAGCAGCAGCUUUACCAGGCAUGGAUUCCACUGAAAAUAAACCACCUGAAGACAUGCAAGAAGUAGUUCUGAAGGACACACCAAUUGAACUGAAAUCAUCGGAGAGCAGUUGUGCAUGUUAAACCACCGAUCAGCCUAAUGGUAGACAAGACACUGAUCUAAGUUAAUUUAUAAAUUAAUCUCUUUCAAUGCUAGGACAGUGAUGGAUCAGUCCGUGUCCUUUUUACAAUUUAUAAUGUGGAAAGGAACAGCACUGUAUCGAAGAGCUAUAACGAGUUUUUCGUGAAAAAAUAAAUAUCUCACGAUAGCUUAAGCAGACUGCUUUUACACAAUAACGUGUUUGUACUAGUAAAUCAUCAAAUCAUAAAUCAAUUAAUUUAAUUAAUUUAAACUUUUGUAUUUCAUCAGAGACGCUUGCUUUUUUAACGUGUUGAUAAUAAUAAUAAUCAUUAUUAUAGAUAGUGCUUCGAUCAUUUUUCUUAAAUGAGAAACAAUUUUUCUAAAAAUCAUUUUAUUUGCAACAAAUAAUUAUAAUUUUAAGUAAUAAAAUUUUUUUAUGUUUUGCAUUUUGACAAAAAAGGAAAAAAAUUUGAAUGAAAUACUAGUCGUAUGCAUGAUCAGUGCUGCAAUUGCAUGAUAUAUGGUGCACUUAUAUAUAUACAUAUAUAUAUAUAUAUUUAUCGUCAUGUAUAUAUAAGUUGCAAUAUGCGAUAAACUAAUAGUGUAUAGACAAAUGGAGUUACGUAUUGCGUAAAUGCAGUCAAAAUAAUAGUCAACAAUUCGUUAUCAGAAUGAUCUGAUUGCAAACGCGAGCAAUAAGUCACUUAUACACUUAUGGAUGCAUUUGUGGUGGCAUGGAUCGAUUUAGCAUAAAAGAACUCGUACAAUAUGUACCUGCGAGCGUACUGUAGAUGAACGGGAAAAGAUUUCAGCGAUGCAAAAUUAGUAAUUAACAUUUUAUCUUUUAAAAACUUUUUAAAAAUAUUUUACGAAUACAUUGCUCAUGUAUAAUAGUUUUCUUAACUUGGAAUGAUCAUUGCAUAAAUUAGUAAGUUGCAUUUUUUAUUGAAGUAUUAUUUAUAAAUUGAAUAAUUCAUUAUAUAUAUAUAUAUAUACAAAAAGAAAAAGAAAAAGAAAAAAAAAAGAAAAAAAUUUAAAUAGAGCAAAUUUCCGACAAUUAUUGACAAAAUUGGAUUUGUAUAUAUGAAUUUAAAAUUUAACUUAAAAUUUGGGAUAUGGAUAGACAGAAUGCUAUUAUACCUAAUUAUUAUGACAUUUUUGUUAAUACUUAUAUUGUAAUAUUUUAAUUUAUAUAAAAAACAUUCAAUAGCA